AUGGACGCCAUGAGCAGCAGCCUGGAGGUGCUGCAGGGGGGCUGGAGGAAGGGGCCAUGGACGGCGCUGGAGGACAGGCUGCUCACCGAGUACGUGCAGCAGCAGGGCGAAGGCAGCUGGAACUCCGUGGCCAAGAUCACAGGGCUUCGUCGGAGCGGGAAGAGCUGCCGGCUGCGGUGGGUGAACUACCUCCGGCCGGACCUGAAGCGGGGGAAGAUCACCCCCGACGAGGAGACCGUCAUCCUCCAGCUCCACGCCAUGCUCGGCAACAGGUGGUCGGCGAUCGCGCGGUGCCUGCCGGGGAGGACGGACAACGAGAUCAAGAACUACUGGCGGACGCACUUCAAGAAGGCGCGGCCGUCCCGGCGCGCCAGGGCGCAGCUGCUCCACCAGUACCAGCUCGAGCAGCAGCAGCAGCACCGCCAGUACCUCCACACCAUCCAACUGCUCCAGCAGCAGCGACAGCAGCUCAUGGAGCGGCAUGAAGACCAGCAGCUGCCGAUGAUGAUGAUGCAGCAGCAGCGUAGACCGCAGGACUCGCAGGAGGAGGAGGCUGCGAUGGAGGCGCAGCUGAUGAACGUGAUGAUGAGCAACGCUGACGUCCAGAGCAACGACUGCUACUCCCCCUGUCCGCCGGUCAUGUCAACGGUGCUAGACCUCCCGGUCGACGAUGAUGACGGCGCUCUGUGGGACAGCCUCUGGCGGCUCGUCGACGGGGAAGACGGCUGCAGCGGAGGCGACGACUCAGGCGAGUACUAG